AUGGACAUCAUCACCAACUCUACAGACAUGACAGGAAGGAACAGUACCAACACCAGCCACUGCCCAUUCGCUGAGGAGUGGGACUGGCUCCACACCAUGCAACCGGGCUACAUCCUGGCCAUCAGUGUCCUGGGGAUUCUGGGUAAUGUCUUUGUCCUGUUGGUCUUCUGCCUGCAUAAGAAGGCCUGCACCGUAGCAGAGAUCUACCUGAGUAACCUGGCCGCCGCUGACCUGCUCCUGGUCUCCUGCCUCCCCUUCUGGGCCGUCAACGUGGCCAACGGCUUCGACUGGCCCUUCGGCCCCCUGCUGUGUCGCCUGGUCAAUGUGGGCAUUAAGAUGAAUGCGUACUGCAGUAUCUACUUGCUGGUUCUGGUCAGCGUGGACCGCUAUGUGGCACUGGUGCAUACAAUGAGCCACGGGAGGAUGAGGAGGCCCUCCAACGCCAAGCUGGGCUGUUUGUUAGUGUGGGGCUUCGGGCUGCUGCUGGGCACCCCCACCAUGCUCUUCAGGGCAGUGAAGUGGUUCCCAGACUAUGGAGUGACCGCCUGCUUUCUGGACUACCCCAGUCUCAAGAUGGAGCUGGUGUUCAACGUGAUGUUCAUUGUGUUUGGGUUUGCCAUCCCUGUGUCGGUGAUCUCCUACUGCACCUGUCAGAUCAUCCAGGCCCUGAAGAACCAGGCCAUGGAGAGGUUCAACACGGAGCACACGGAGAGGAAGGCCACUCUGCUGGUGCUGGCUGUUCUCCUGGCCUUCCUACUCUGCUGGGUGCCCUUCCACCUGGUCACUGCCCUGGAUGUCCUCCUGAGGGCGGGCAUCAUCUCAGGCUGCCACCUCAGCAACAGUCUGGAGAUCUGCAACCAGGUGUUCACCUACCUGGCCUUCUUCAACAGCGUGCUCAACCCAGUCCUCUACGUGAUCGUGGGGAAGAACUUCAGGAAGAAAGUCAUGGAGGUGUUCAAACAAUUGUCUAUGAGGAAGAUGAUGGCUACUGGGUCACAACGGUCGCAGCUGUCUUCCACGCUCAAAACACUGGCUUGA